AUGCCACCCUCUUCUCUUCUUCAUCUGAUGUGUCAAAACGAAAGAUAUAUUGAAGAAAGAGGGGGGGGGGGGGGACAUGGCUUUGCAAGGGUCACCAGGGAGAACUGUGCCACUGCGAAGGAACAGAUGCAGCCUUCAUUUGUAUAUCCAGAAACUCGUGUGCCUCCUGGGUGUGGAGAAGCCGUCUUCUCACUCCCUCCACUCAGCUCCUGUCACUGGACACCGGCCUUCACCAAGGGCACUGUGGCAAUGGGAUCCACGGCCAGCUCCCCUCGUGCCCCCCGACACCCCCCGUCCCGCGGCCCGGAGCCCAGACGAGUGUUCGGGCAGAGAGAUCGAUGCGAGAGGCUGCGAUAUGCCAUUACAGACCCCACUGUUUUAUCAGCAGUCACAGAUGAGCCGGUCCCUCCAGCGUGUCCUUGUGGCCCGGGAGCAGAGGACAUGUGGGAGAGAGAGGCCCUGGGGGAGGCUCGGAUCCAACCCAACCAGCUCCUUUUACUCUUCCUUCCCUUUCAAUACGGCGGGAUGCUCCUCGGGAAGGGUGCCCCCGGUGGCUCUAAUGGGCGGUGCGGUGUGGACAGGGAUGGACACGGAGUGAAGGAGAAGGGCAGGUCGCAGGGUCGAGGGCGGCGUCACAACAUAACAACUCUGUCUGCGCUUGUCCUCUGCGAGCAGGAGUGUGUGUUUAAGCAAGCGGACAGGGAAAGAGGUGGCGUACAUGACAGAAAGUGA